AAAACAGACAAGAUGCUCAUGACAGUCAGUCAGUGGGGUUUAUGGAUCCUGUUGUUUUGGCCCCAGCAUCUUACCUUGAGCUCCCCACUAGACUGUAGAGAUGAUCAAGGCAGCUUAAGCCGCUGCACCUCCAUCUCCCAGGAGAAACUUCUGGACCGAGUCAUCCAUCAUGCUGAGCUCAUCUACCGUGUCUCAGAAGAACUGUGCUCUCUGUUUGAGGAACUCUUCAUCCCAUUUCCUUUUAGACUCCAGAGUAAUCAGGCCGCUUAUGCAUGCAUCACCAAAGCCCUACCCAUCCCCAGCUCCAAAAGUGAAAUUGAGCAAAUAUCUGACAAAUGGUUGCUUCAUUCUGUGCUGAUGCUGGUCCAGUCUUGGAUCGAGCCUUUAACCUAUAUGCAGAAUUCAAUGGAACGGUACGAUCAUGCCCCCGAUAUGGUGCUCAACAAGACUAAGUGGGUGUCUGAAAAACUUUUCAGUCUGGAGCAAGGGGUGGUGGUUCUCAUCAAAAAGAUGCUGGAUGAGACAACGCUGGUCACAGUUUACAGUGAUCAAAAUACAGUCCAGAAUGAUGUGCAGCCUGACGUGCUGGAAUCUGUUAUGCGGGACUACACCUUACUCGGUUGCUUCAAGAAAGAUGCACAUAAGAUGGAGACUUUUCUCAAGCUUCUGAAGUGUCGUCAAACUGACAAAUACAACUGUGCAUAAAACAUGAAGUGCCGCUUAAAUAAUGCAGUAUUUAGCUUUAAAUGAAUUUCUGAGGUUAGGUUGUGCACUUAAAGAUAUGACCAUGCCUGGGGCGCUUAAGCUGUGCUUGUAAUGCAGCACAUUUCAUAUUGAUUGUUUUGGAACACCUUCACACAAAAAUAAGUAGGUGUAAUGCUGUGCCCUUUCUUUAACCAUGUAUUGCAUUUUUAGAUUUUUUUCCCUCCAACUCAGUUGGUAUUUUAACCUGGCAAAGGGAAAAGGAGGCAAACUCCCAAAAGAUCAUUUGAGAGUCGAGCUGUCAAAAAAAUCUGCAUAUCCUGCUAUUGAUUUCCAUUUUCUUUGUUCUUAACCGGCGUUGGUAUUCUACACUGGCUCUUGCAGUGUUUUGAUUAUACUGCUGGCCCCUGGAGUAUUCAACCAGCCUCCCUUGUUGAAUGGAGUGGGUUUCACUCCUGCACAAGAAAAUGUACUGAUUUUGCUUAAGAAGAGAGUCUCAGACAGCAUGCUGUUUCUCUCUCCAACACUGUUUCAUAAGAUGAUAUAUAAAUAUGAAAGAUAGUUGCUAUAAAUUAACUAGCUGGUACAGCCAAAGACAGCUCCAAUAGUCUUCUAAAUGUUAGUCAUUAAAUGUUCCUGAUACAAUCAAAUAUACAAUAGAAACAUUUUGAGACAUCCCAAUAUCUUUGAAUUUCCAUGUAAUGAACAAUUUGAGUUUCUGCUGUUUUGUGCUGAGCAAAUAAAUAGAAACUGAGAAUAAUUCUGAUGUAUAGAUUAAUGAAGUACUGUGAGCACCUCAGACAUGAAUUGAUGUUGGUUUUAGAAGCAAAUAAAGCAAGAAA